CGACCCCUGGGUCUUGUUCGGAGCCAGGAUCCCGGCUGAGAGCCGGAGCCGACAUGGGUUCCUUCCUGGCUCCUGCCACUACCACACGAUUCGAACCGACACUCCAUUCAAGCAAGGUCCCAGCUGGGAGUUGAUCCCAGUCAGGAACCAGGACCUAUUUCUAACCGUCAGUGAAAUCUGAAUCGGGACUCAGGAUCGAAAAUCUGUCAGCCAAAGCCCUGGACCCCACCUGGGACUAAACAGGAAUAGGGUGGGAUGGGGUAUCCCAAAGCUCAGGUAAGUGCUACUAACUCGAUUAAGGUGAAGCCAGCUGGCGUGACCCAGACCCUGAAAUGGAUCUAACGGCUUGAGAUGUUUUCUGGGCUAGUGCUUUUACAAACUCCUUACUGUAUCUUCCUUUACUGACGGGGCAGGAACCCGAAUCUGGGAUCUUUCAGCUAGAUAAAGGACUUACACGUUAAAUCUUAACACAUGAGUGAUUGGAAAUCAUUGUGCAGUGAGAAUGCAGAGUUCCAGACUGGAAGUAAUAUGGGAAAGAUCGUAUUCAGGAAAAGGUUUCAGUUUCUCUGUGAAGCAAGCGUGAUACCCCACCUAUUUCCUGAACAUGAAAAUUGAGCUGGGAUUAGAACUGUAUGUGCAGGGAGCACAUCAGCCUCCAAACAAGAGAGAUGAAACUGAUAGCAAUUUCUUUGGCCACCUGAAGUUGACAAAAAGGGAGAAGUUGCCUAGAAAGGAAAUGUGACGGUAUUAGAAAGUAGAUGUAAGUAUGAAGACAAUGGAAUGAGAUCAACAAAAGGACACGAUUCUUGUGAAAGUAUAAUUGCAUUCACAACCAAGCAGGAUGAUUAAUGUGUACAGAAGUCAGGUCCUUCUGAAGAAAGCUGGGUGAAGAAAGAAACAGAUUAUUGUUCUUUACAGUUCUUAUUCUUGCAUUAGUAAAGGUAGCAGCCACUAAAGGUGAGGACUGAAUUGAGGGAGAGGUAAACUAGAGGGGACUGUUGAUAUGACAAAGACCGAUACCUCCUUUACAUGUUAAGGGUAAUAGUCAAACAGUAACCUGGCAGCUUUUUGAUUUAUGUUUUCUCGUCAAAUCAGGAAAGUGUUAUGUAUUCAAAAGGAGGAGAGAAUCAACUUGGGAAAUGCAAAGUAGAUCCCUUUUAUCUCCCUCUGAUUCCAGUACUGUUUCAUGUUUGCGUUAGUAAUGUGGAUAAGGAAAUGGGGGGAGUGCUCAUUAAGCUUUGUGAAUGACAGUAAACUGGCAGGAGUAUUUUAGCACAAGGUAACUCCUAACAAGGGCCAUAUCCAUUGAAAAUGGGGUAAAUGCACUUGACUAAAAUGAGCAUUAGAAUGUUAAAUGCCCUUGUCAAUUGGGAGAAAUAGAAAUAAACAGUAAAAUCCAUGAGAAGUAACAACAUUGAAAUGCAAAACGAGUAAGUACAAAUAAAAAAGAUGCAUACAUUAUAUGUAUAGACUCUAGGUUGAAUGACUUGUGAAUUAAUAAUGCCGUAUCCAAAAGUUAAUAUAAUCUAGCUCCCUAGACUUAGACUAGGGAGUGAGUGCAGUGUGAGUAGAGUGCAGGGUUUAGGAUGCUGUUUUUCUGGAUGAGUAUUGAAUGGAAAACAGAUCAAAGAAAACCAUGAAAAUUAUUUAAUGGCUUGAAAAAUACAGUGUAAUAAUUUAUUUUACAAAUAUUACUGUAACUUAUCAAUUUAACCACUGUUCCAUUAUAACAUAAUGGGAGGUUAUCUCCUUACUCCAUAUAUUUACAUAGUGCUAUUGUUGCUAUAAACAUUUUAUAAAUCCCUGUUAAAAAUGCUUCUAGAAUAUUUGGGUGCAUGUCCUUAAGGGAGGCAAAUCUUUGCCCUGUGACAAGAUGAAAUUGAUUUUGCAGGAACAAAGACUAUUCAGAAUCAAAUAUGGUGAACAAAGUGGGAGGUCAAAAUGGGUAAUACUGCUUGGCGUCAAAAUAAGGUGGGACUUGAAAGCAAGGAGACUGCUUUACUUCUGAGGCCUAUAAACCCAUUGAGGAAACACCUCUGAAAGAGAAGUUCCAGAAAGGUUUUGCAUAACCACAGCAUUGCUGGAAUAAGUCAAUUGUAGCCUUCCAAGACCCGGAUGCAGAGUCUACAGCCUGACCCAGCUGCCCGCUAUCGCAAUGUGUUGGAAGCCCUCUGGAGGAUUAUAAGAACGGAGGGCCUAUGGAGGCCCAUGAGAGGGCUGAACGUCACAGCAACAGGCGCAGGGCCUGCCCACGCCCUUUAUUUUGCCUGCUACGAAAAGUUAAAAAAGACAUUGAGUGAUGUAAUCCACCCUGGGGGCAAUAGCCAUAUUGCCAAUGGUGCGGCCGGGUGUGUGGCAACAUUACUUCAUGAUGCAGCCAUGAACCCUGCGGAAGUGGUCAAGCAGAGGAUGCAGAUGUACAACUCGCCAUACCACCGGGUGACAGACUGUGUACGGGCAGUGUGGCAAAAUGAAGGGGCUGGGGCCUUUUACCGCAGCUACACCACCCAGCUGACCAUGAACGUUCCCUUCCAAGCCAUUCACUUCAUGACCUAUGAAUUCCUGCAGGAGCACUUUAACCCCCAGAGACGGUACAACCCAAGCUCCCACGUCCUCUCUGGAGCUUGCGCAGGAGCUGUAGCUGCCGCAGCCACAACCCCACUGGACGUUUGCAAAACACUGCUCAACACCCAGGAGUCCUUGGCUUUGAACUCACACAUUACAGGACAUAUCACAGGCAUGGCUAGUGCCUUCAGGACGGUAUAUCAAGUAGGUGGGGUGACCGCCUACUUCCGAGGGGUGCAGGCUAGAGUAAUUUACCAGAUCCCCUCCACAGCCAUAGCGUGGUCUGUGUAUGAGUUCUUCAAAUACCUAAUCACUAAACGACAAGAAGAGUGGAGGGCCGGCAAGUGAAGUAGCACUGAACGAAGCCAGGGGUUCAGAUGACACUGCUGCAUCCUGCUCACAUUCUCUGUCUCCUGGAAUGCUCCCACCUCAAGUGGAGUUAGAAGGAAGGUAGAGCGGCUUUCCCCCAGGAUUUUGGUGUUUCGACUAACACCAGUUCCUGCCAACCUCUGUUGCCACCACCUUUCCUUCCAGGCCCUAAGCACGUGCAGCAAAGCACACCACAGCACCUUUGAUAACCUCUCUCCAUCCUGGGCCUGACGACCUGCUCUAGACUGUUAUAGAGGGAUAAGCAGCUCAUUCCCCUGGUUCCUAAUAAAAAGCCUUUAAAUUAAA